CUGUUUCCACAAACGUGGUGACACUCAAAAAAAGUUACCAGCAAAACACCAGGACUCCAGACAACUAAGAACACACUGUCUAUAUGUUCGUAAUUAUCUGAGCAGCCAAGGUCCAGAUUCUAUAUGCAAAAAGAAGAUCAAAUAUUCAAAGACCAACAACUGUAUAAAUAUUUUUAAAAUCUGAACAAACAGAAAACUACAAACAACUACUCUUUGCCUUCCUGGUAUCAUGGAGAAAGUCCAGCAUCUCACCCGCUCGGCCAUAAGAAGAGCUUCAACUAUUGAAAUGCCCCAACAAGCACGUCAAAAUCUCCAGAAACUCUUUAUAAAUUUUUGUCUCAUAUUAAUAUGUCUCUUGCUUAUAUGCAUCAUUGUGAUGCUUCUCUGAAGUUCUGAUACUACUUCUAAUUCCGCUAUUCAUCAGUGUGGAUCUAAAACCUGUUAUGUGACAAGGAGAAGAAACUGAAACUGUAGAAGCAACCAUUUUCUGGGCGCAAGAAUAUAUCCAUGAAAAGGAUGUAAACGACAAUCAGCUGAUAUACUUUCCUGCUGGAUCCUUCAAACUUGGAAAAUGUUUCUUUCACAAAGUUAUUUUCAAAAGCAACAGUCUAAUUAUGCAUGAUGUAAUGCUAUUUGUUUAUUAGGCACUGCUUAUAAAAGGCUUUGUUUUCUAAUUCACACUAUUAGUCAAAUCCACUUUAUAUUCAACCAAGUAUUUCACUGUUUGGGGGUCUGUGUAAUUUACAUUUUAUUGUUAUACUCGGAUAUUAGAUUUUUCAGUGCUUUAAAAACCAUUACAAAACUAGCAAUUCAAAAAAAUGUUUCACCAUUCAAAUCUGGAGUGUUUCUUAUAAUCACUUCAACCUUAAAGUAUUCAUAAAAUUGUAGGUAUGCCUUCAUUUUUGUUAUUGCUUAGAAUCACAAACUACCAAACCAAAAUAAAAAAAUUUUAAUGAAAUAUGUUAAAAUAGAAAACUAGAUUUUAUUCUACACUGCUCUUCACCCCUAUUUAAAGAAAGGAUACAAGAACAAAGAAAGACUGUAAAGUCUGAAACUUACCUUAUAGUAAAAAAGUUUUCUAUUACUUGCAGCUCCAAUUAAUUCAAUACAGCUAUGUAUUGAAUAUACAAAUGAGUAAUUCAAAUUUUUAGGUCAAUCGAAUCUAUUCUUCUUCCUAGGGUGUUAUGUUCUGGUAGAUAAGGUG